CAGCGGCGGCCACUGCCAGGGUCGCUGGCGCAGAGCGGCUCCGGCGGACUGGACGGGGCGGGUGCUCGGCAGGCAACGCACUACGUUCUACCUUACACCGCUCCACCGCGAGCAGCCCGCUAGGGACCUUCCACUCGAGUCUGGGGACGUGGCCGCGAGCCCAUUGCUCCCGUGAGACAGCACUGCUGGCUGCCCAGUGACCAUCCCCGAAGAUGAGCGCCUGUGGGAGGAAGGCCCUGACCCUGCUGAGCAGUGUCUUUGCUGUCUGCGGCCUGGGCCUGCUGGGCAUUGCGGUCAGCACGGACUAUUGGCUGUACCUGGAGGAAGGCAUCAUCCUUCCACAGAACCAGAGCAUGGAGGUCAAAAUGUCCCUGCACUCGGGCCUCUGGCGGGUCUGCUUCCUUGCCGGCGAAGAGCGAGGACGGUGUUUCACCAUCGAGUAUGUGAUGCCCAUGAACUCCCAGAUAACGUCAGAAUCCACAGUCAAUGUGCUAAAAAUGAUUCGCUCGGCCACCCCCUUCCCGCUCGUCAGCCUCUUCUUCAUGUUCAUCGGGUUCAUCCUGAGCAACAUCGGGCACAUUCGUCCCCACCGGACCAUACUGGCCUUUGUCUCUGGCAUCUUCUUUAUCCUCUCAGGCCUCUCUCUUGUGGUGGGCCUGGUGCUGUACAUCUCCAGCAUCAAUGAUGAGAUGCUCAACAGGACCAAGGAUGCAGAGACCUAUUUCAGCUACAAAUAUGGAUGGUCGUUUGCCUUCGCUGCCAUCUCCUUCCUGUUAACAGAGAGUGCUGGGGUAAUGUCUGUGUACCUGUUCAUGAAGAGGUAUACUGCCGAGGACAUGUAUCGACCUCACCCGGGCUUCUACCGGCCACGCCUAAGCAACUGUUCCGAUUACUCUGGUCAGUUUCUACAUCCCGACGCCUGGAUCCGGGGCCGCAGCCCCUCAGACAUCUCCAGCGAUGCCUCCCUACAGAUGAACAGCAACUACCCGGCUUUGCUCAAGUGCCCAGACUACGACCAGAUGUCCUCGUCUCCCUGCUGAACUCUGGCCUCCUUCCCACCUGAACUUUGGACGGCUGGACAGCCUUUCCCUUUCCCCUUGAGCCGAGGCCCAGGCCCUUCCCCGCUUAGCCGUCUUCACCUGACCAAUCCUCUCCCUGCUCCCAGAGUAGCUCUUCCUUCAGUGGGCAUCAGCAGGCAUGCUGAUUGGCUGAGGGCAUGUUUGAAGUCCUGCCUCCAGAGUGCCAAUCAUAGCCGUGGGCCCCUGGGAAGCCAGCAGCCCUUGCUGUGCUGUAUCUGAAGAUGCCCCGUGUUCGAGUUAUAUUUUAUUCUUGCACUUCCGGGUCAGCCAAGGCCAGGCUGGAGUUGCCGAGUUUCUGAUAUAGACAAAGCCAGACUUGAACAGUUGCCAACCAAGCUGGCUCUCCAUCCGUGGUCUAUGCUGUGAGACCAAAAGGUGAUUCUGUUCCAGCGGUCUGGCUGGCUCAGAAAUCUCAAGCAAACACUUCCUUAAGAGACACUCUAUCCUUUGAUGUCGUUAGUGUCCCUCCACAAAACACAUCUCUCUGUGUGACACUCUCCCCAAGGCCAUGGACUUUCUGUCUUUCAUCCUUCCAGAAUGCAGCCGCCCUGAUCAGGGACUAAGGUAAAGUAUUCAGCGAUGCCAAUGAAGUCACCAAGGUGUUAACGGCUGAAGAUGUCUUAAUCCACACAGCCCCUUGAUAAGGCAUUCCACAGGGGCUUUUGAUGCCUUAACCCAAAGAAGUGACAGAUGACAAGAACUCAAGAAUUUGAUAGUUCUGUGUUCAGAGCUCCAAGCAUUGUGUCCAACCCUGGGGUCAUUGUCCCUGACUCAAGGACCGUGCGUCCAUCCAAGGUUCUAAGAUCUAGUUGUGUGGACAAGUGUCUGUGCCACCUAAGGACACUGGAGCUGCCAGCCGGGUUUGACAACACGGUGCGUUUUGAGCCCAAACAAGCCAGAUUCCAGCUGAUCCAGCUGCCUUGCCAAGGAUGUCUGUGAACAUGUGGGGGUUGCCAAUUUAAUCCUAGCAGGGGGAAGCAUCUGCUUCCCAGCUAUGUGACAUAUGUGGACAGAUCACAUGCCUGCAGAAGGCCAGACAAUGUGACCCUGCUCUCCUGGUGGGGAAGCUGAGCUGGGAGGCUGCAAGCAGCUUCCGGGAAACCCCGUAAACCCCCAUAGUUCUCCAGGUGUCGGUGCAGCUUGACCAUUGUUUAUCCAGCGAGUUUGGAGAGGCAAACGGAUGUGGAGCUCUUUGCUGUGUAUUUUUGCCAUGCCCACUUUUGCCUCGCUCUCUUUAAGACGCCAAAUGUCCCCAAACACACAAAGCCACAGCGGGUAACUCGCAGGCUCUGGCAAGUGUCACAGGAAACCACACAGCUGGUGGCUACUGAAGAUCCCUGGAUGAGUCAGCUUGGAGGAGGCCAUAAGGACUGAUCUGGGGGGCGUUUCCUCUGGCUUAGAGAUAGCUACCUUCUUGCUGUGUGCCCAUGUGCCUCUGAGACUUUGUGUGUGUGUGGUAUAUCCAAAUUACCUCUUAAAAGGACACCAGGGGCUGGGGAUAUUAGCUCAGUUAGAGCACUUGUCUAGCAUGCAUGAAGCCUGGAUUCAACCUCUGACACUAUAUAAUCCUGGUGUGGUGGCACACAUCUGUAUUCCUAACACUUGGAAUGUAGAGGCAGAAGUUCAAGGUCACUCUCACCUACAUAGCUAGUUUGAUACCAGCCUGGGCUAUGUGAGACUCUGUUUCAAAAAACUUUAAAGUCAUCAAUUAUGGGUUAGAGCUCAUUCCAAUAAAUUUGAUGAUCACUAUUAAUAUAAUCAUUCAAGUACCCAUAUACAAAUAUAUCCACAUUCUGAGGUACUGCAGACUGGGGUCUUGGAGAACAAAUCUGAGGGAGGUCACCACUCAGCCCCUCACAUGCAGGGUGCUUCGUAACAGUUCAGCCCCUUGGUUUCACAGCAUAGUGGAUGGGGAAGAUGAGAGAAGCCGAUUUUUGUCUCCGGGCUCAGCCACUGACUCACUGCGAAUCCUUGGGCAACCCCUUCUAUUCUGAGAAGCUCAGCUGAGAGUGUUUCCAAGCCCACUCUCCACGCCCACACCCACACCUCUAAUGAUUUGGUCCACAUUGUUCUUGUACGCCAGUUUUCGUAUCUGCCUGUGAACUGAGAGCGACAGGCAGGUCCCAGCCUCCCACUCCAUCGGCACCUCGUGAUGAUCGCCAUCCGCUUUUGUCGCCGCUUGCGAGGCUCUGUUUGGAAAAGACAAAGUGGGGUUUUCAAGCCGGACAAAUGUUUAGACAUGACUGACUCCAAGUUUUGUGAAUGUUAUUAACACCUAAGAUGAAUUUUUCUCUCUCUAAAACACUUUCUUUGUCACUGUACCAGGCUUGUUUUUGUACACAUGGGGAAGAUAAUAGAAUUUAGUCCUAACUGCAAGCGGACUGUUGACUAUGAUAUUAUUAUAGCAGGCCAUCCUCAGCCUGAGACUGAGCUGGCAAGUCAAGGGAGGCAGGAGGUUCCCACCCUGGAACCGGCCAUGCACACUUCCCUAGCAAUGAGUCUGGGAUCCUUUCUUCUCCCAUGAGGGUAUGGGGGAAUGUACCAACACUGUACCACCAUCGUGAUUUCUUUUCUGUCUGUACCCUGGUCUCAGAAGCUAUUCAUAGCCUUUCCUUGAUCAAAAGAAUUUUAAUCACACAUGUAAGUAUAUAA